CUUUCUCAUCCAGAAGCAGUUCACGUGCAAAUAACAACCAAAAGGAGGACGAAGAAAAUCAAUCUCAAAGUUCCUUAGCCACAUUGACGAUUAGUUUGAUAAGGAGUUAGGAGAGGGAUGAUAAGCAUGACAAACGUUAUUUUCUGUAACCACUUGGCAAUAAAAUGAGUUGACAACCUGCAGUGAAUGGUUCUAGAAACCCUCGGUUCACUUUUGAACCACUGCUCUAAAACCAAAGCAUUCCACAAUGGGAUUUCACUCCAUGCAGUUGCUAUUAAAGCAGGCAUGCUAUGUAUUAUCAACUCUAACCAUACGAUUAAUAUGUACUCUAAGUGUGGCAAGCUCAUUCUUGCCCACCAACUGUUCGACGAAAUGCCUGAAAGAAACCUCGUUACCUGGUCCGCCUUGAUCUCUGGUUAUGACCAAGCUGGGAAGCAUUUAAUGGCAAUUGAUCUUUUCAGAAAAAUGAGAACAGAAUUGUGGCCCAAUGAGUUUAUAUUUAGUAGUGCUCUUAGUUCUUGUGCCUGCCUCCUGGAGGCUAGACUUGGGCAACAAAUUCAUGCUCAAGCAGUGAGGUUAGGCUGUUCAUCUAUCUCUUUUGUAUCAAACUCAUUGAUCUCGAUGUACAUGAAAUGUGGGGAAUGUAGUGAUGCCAUGUUGGUAUUUUCUGAUGGUGCAUCUUGGCUGAGCUCUGUUUCUUAUAAUGCUGUCAUUGCUGGGCUGGUAGAAAAUAAGCAGCCCGAAAAAGGUUUUGAAAUGUAUAAGAUUAUGUGUCAGAAAGGUCUGAUUCCUGACUGCUUUACUUUCAUGGGAGUCCUGGGUGUUUGCUCUAGUCCACGGGAUAUGUGGAGAGGAAUGCAACUGCAUUGCCAAAUAAUAAAGAACAAGCUUGAUUCUAUGGCUACAACUGGCAAUAUCUUAAUUACAAUGUAUGCAAAGUUUAAUUUAAUAGAAGCAUCUGAAAAGGUAUUUAGAUUACUUGAAGAAAAAGAUAUCAUUUCGUGGAACACGAUGAUUACUGCUUUUUCUCACUGUGAAGAACACGUGAAGGCUUUGAGUGUUUUUCGAGAAAUGCAAACACGAGUUGCUCUACCUGAUGAAUUCAGCUAUGCAACUGCCCUUGCUGCAUCUGCUGGUUUAGCUUCCAUGCGGCUUGGUAAGCAGAUUCAUGCGCAUCUGAUCAGAAAAAGGCCAGAUGAGGAUACUGGUAUUGGUAAUGCUCUCCUAAACAUGUAUGCCAAAUGCGGUUGUAUUGAAUAUGCAUAUAAUGUCUUUAAUCAGAUGGCUAGUCGUAAUCUUGUGACAUGGAAUAGCAUUAUUGCUGGUUUGGCAAGCCAUGGACUUGGAGAAAGAGCUCUAGAUACGUUUGAGUGCAUGAAGGCUGCUGGCAUGACCCCAGAUUCUGUUACAUUUGUCGGACUUCUGUCUGCUUGCAAUCAUGCUGGGCUCGUGGAUGUGGGCAGAGGCUUCUUUAAUUGCAUGGAUACGAUCUAUGCAAUCCCCCCUGAUAUUGAACAUUUUUCAUGCCUCAUUGAUCUAUUAGGGAGAGCUGGAAGAUUAAGUGAAGCUGAAGAGUAUGUACAGAAGUAUCAAUUUGGGCAUGAUCCUGUUGUUUUAGGUUGCUUACUUUCAGCGUGUCGACUGCAUGGGGAUGUUGUUACUGGAAAACGAGUGGCUUCACAGCUUCUAGGUCUUCAGCCAAUUACUACUUCACCUUAUAUUUUGCUCUCAAACUUGUAUGCUUCAGAUGGAAUGUGGACUGAUGUAGCAGAGGCAAGGACAAUGUUGAAGGGCAGUGGGUUGAAGAAGGAGCCAGGUUGGAGCCUGAUUGAUGUGGAUGGUUAUCUUGAAAAGUUUACUAUUGGUGAUUUCUCACAUUCUAGGAUUGAAGAGAUGGUGAAUACACUCAAAACUUUGAAGUGGACAGGGGAUGAAGAUUUGUUGUGAUUACUCUUUUCACUGUGCUAUGAAAGCUUUCUCUCUAACACAAGCACAUGAGCGUGUGCACAAUCAUUUAGGUAAUAGCUUGUCUUAAGUUAAACGUGACAGCUCUAGAAUUUCGUCCCAAACUCUUGUCUACAAGUGGAAUGACCUUUAAUUUACAUUUUCAUUUUGAAUUUGAACGUAUUCCUAUAUGAGAUGGUAGUCCAAUUGCAUAUGAGUGAUUGUACAUUAUGCUUGUAUUUUUGUUUAGAAACCACACCGUCUCAUGGAACCGAGUACCAUUUUGUGCGGUUGGGGAAAUUUGUAAUUUAUUUGGUCAUUACUGAU